CUGUGCUGCUGCAAUAUGUCGAUGAUUUGUUGUUAUGUAGCAUGUCAGCGGAGGCCAGCAUUCAGGAUGGUUUAUCACUGUUACAAUGGUUAUCAGGAUGUGGUCACAAAGUGGCACUUAAGAAAAUGCAAUGGUGUAAAACGCAGGUGAAAUAUUUAGGGUUUGUCCUCACGAAGGGAGAAAGGAGAAUCAGCACAGAAAGGGUCAAGUCUAUUGCGGGCAUGGUAACCCCGCACACCAAGAAAGAAAUGCUUUCCUUCCUUGGUAUGAUAAACUACUGUAGACAAUGGAUCCCUGAUUGCUCCUACUAUGACAAUGUUCUGAGGCAAACCACUCUGGAACAGAGUCCAGAUUUGGUGAAAUGGUCUCCUGGAAUGUAUGAUGCAUUUGAUUAUUUGAAAUGUUCACUCAUGUCGAGUCCGGGGCUUGGCCUCCCUGACUAUAAAAUGCCUUUUCACAUGUUUGCACACCAAAAUUGUAAAACCAUGGCGGGGGUACUGACACAAGAACAUGGAGGCAAGUUACGUCCUUGUGCAUUUUUCUCAAAGGUGAUGCCCACCUCUGUACAGGGGAUGCCGGCAUGUCUGCGUUCCCUUGCAGCCUGUGCAAUGAUGGUAGAACUGACAACUCCUAUUACAUUGGGACACUUGACCUUCCUGCACACCACACAUGAUGUUGUAGGCUUACUCAAAGGUGUACAUACACAGCACAUGUCAGCACAAAGAUUGGUGCUAUCCAAUUUUGCAGAAAAAUCCAAAAACAGGAUUGAUCUGCAAAGAGGGGAAGCCGUGCCUACCAAAACACAACGCAUCUGUCUUCAUUGCACAUUUUUAUACAGUUUCAGCUCUGCUAAUCCUACAGUCCUCACACUGCUUCACAUGCUUUUCCCUUCACAACCUUGAGUCUCUCUACUGAUGUUUCCACAUCACUGAUGCCAAGCAGUUAGUCACAGACUACAUACACAGAUGCAUCACAUGUUUGAGAAACAAUCCUAACAACCCAUUGAUAAUUCCUCACCAACACCUUGACUACCCCACUACACCAUUCACUCACUUGCAGGUGGAUUACACGCAUAUACCUAAAACAAAAGGAAAACAGGAAUAUGCAUUAGUGAUAGUGGACAUGUUCUCCAGAUGGCCAGAAGUCUUUCCUACAAAGUCAGAGGAUGCUAAAACUACAGCCAAAAUCCUGACCCAACAGAUAGUCCCAAGGUGGGGCCGUCCUCUGGUCAUUGAAUCAGACCGUGGGCCGGCCUUUACCUCAAAGCUCAACAAGGACAUAGUAAGACUGUUACAGGUGGAGUGGAAAUUCCAUAUUCCAUAUCACCCAGAGAGUUCAGGGGUCGUGGAACGGAUGAACAGAACAGUGAAAGACAACAUUUGAAAAAUGGAAACAAAUCCUGCCCAUAAUACUUGCAGAGAUCAGAAUGACACCUAAUAAGAAGCUAGGGUUGUCACCAUUUAGAAAUUCUAAUGGGUAGGCCCUUCCCUACACCCUGGGCACAGCGCCCCCUAGUGAUACAGGAAGGGGAUUUGGACCUGAUCAGAGAUGAGUAUGUUAUUAAUCUGAUCAAGGUCCUCAGUAAAACUGAAGAAAAAGUUGCUUGUAAAUCUCCCUCUCUUCCACAGGAACCAACUCACCCAUUCCGGGUAGGAGACCAGGUGAUUGUCAAGGCCCUCCAGAAGGGAAAGAAGCCGGGGAGCUUCAUCUACGGACAACCCACCGAGGCCAUCACCAGAACAGCAGUCCUCACUGAGCAGUCACCCACCUGGAUCCACGCCACAAGGAUCAAGCUGUUAAAGAAAAGAGAGGUACUAACGGAGGCAGACAGCCUUGACCUCGAAAAAGGCGGAAAAGGGGUACAAACGGGGGCAGACAGCCCUGACCCCCAACUAAGCGAAAGUCUCCAUGAGUUCUGGCAGUUAAUUUCUAAUAAUGACACUUAUUGCGGAACCUGGAAAAUGAAAUACCCUUUGCUAACAGAGACCCCACACUCAGGGGCAGGUAUACACAUAUACCCAGGGAAUUACACAUGCUAUAGGGGAGAAAAGGAAGGUGUCAAUAGAAAGAACUUUACAAAGGGAUAUUGUGCUAGUUAUAGCUCUGUAGAAGUGUCACUCACUCAGAACCAAGUUUUUUCAAUAGGUGACAUUUACUGGAUCUGUGGCGAUGGUAGAAUAAGGUUCAAGCUAGAGGGCAAGUGGAAAGGAGAGUGUGCUCUAGCUAAAGCCAUUAUGAACAUUCACAUAUUCACAGAAGGGGGAGAACACGUAAACUCUGCCACAAAAAGGAUAAAGAGGUCAACACCUGCAGGUAGCUUCGAUCCACAUGUAUACAUAGACACAAUAGGGGUCCCAAGAGGGGUCCCUGAUGAGUUCAAAGCCAGGAGUCAAGUCGCUGCGGGCUUUGAAUCUAUCCUUUCUAUAAUCACUGUGAACAAAAAUGUAGACUGGAUUAAUUACAUUUACUAUAAUCAACAAAGGUUUGUAAACUACACAAGGGAUGCGUUACGAGGUGUUGCAGAGCAGCUCCAAGCUGAUUCCAUUAUGACAUUUCAGAACAGAAUGGUCUUAGAUAUGAUUCUGGCAGAAAAAGGUGGGGUGUGCAAAGUGCUUGUGGAUCCUACAUCAUGCUGCACCUUCAUACCUAACAACACUGGUCCCAAUGGUAAAGUAACUAUUGCAAUACAAAAGUUAGAGGACCUGUCUGCCGAACUAAAAAAGAACUCAGGUAUUACAGAUCCCUGGGAUCAAUAUUUUGGAUGGUUUACUAACUGGAAACAUGAUUAACACAAUUAGCUAUUAUAAUUUUUGUAAUCAUUAUAGUUAUUGCUGCAUUUUCUCUAUGUGUGAUACCAUGUAUUAUGAAGUGGCUAGAAAAGGGAGUCGCCAAUGCCACGGCCACAUUUUACCAGGCCACGCCCUCAUUGGCUAAUGAAGACACUACACCCAGUGGAUACAUGCAAUACCUAAAACUCUACAGAGAAAGGAAGGUAAAAAAAGGAGAACCGUAUAGUAUAAAAUAAUAUAAGGUUCUAAGAGGGGAUUGAAGGGGUUACUGUAUUGUAUGUACCCAUCACACAGUGUCUUUAUCCUGUCAGCAUUUAAUGUUAUCUCUUUGCUCGGAAUGUAGCCGCGAAGGUUAAUUAACCAUAUUAGGACUUCCUAUUCUUACAUGUGUUAUGGCUUUCUCGAUCAUCUGUCUCUCCCAUGAAUUCUCUCAGAAACCUCCGUAUACCUAAUAUUAUAGGCUAGAGAUUAUACCAAAUAUUUGAGUGACGGAAGGAGGGGUGCAACCCCCCCCCCCCUAUAUUAUGUGCUUACGGACUACUGAAUAAACUAGAGUGAAUUUGACCAGACAAACUGUUGUUACGUGUUAUUUCUGGUAGAUUCAUUCUCCUGGAUCCAGAUAAAGACUUAAAUCAAGCUAACCACCGAAGUUCGGUACCAGGGGUACUUAGAUAAGAUCAGAUCUCCUUACAGUCCCGAACAGCCCGACUUAAUAGCCGGGUUAGUGCUUACAGGACACCGGGAGGGACCUUACCUGCCUCCUCGGUGUCUUCUCCGUUCAGGGAUCCUCUGUAUGGCCGGCGCGAUUUCUCCUUCCUCGUCAUCACGUACGUGCGUCGGCGUGCGUAAUGACGUGAUGGCGGCGACGGAGAGCGAGGAUACCCAACCGGCAGCAGAGACGUUCCGGAGCGACAUCCAGGGCACGGCGACAGCGAUGGAGCGACAUCCAGGACAGCGGUGACGGGUCCGGA